AAUACGUUUAAGAAACGUGGCAAAUAAUACAACUUUUGUAACGUGUAGCUGCCGUUUAAUACUGGAAUAGAGACUAAGUAAUCGUGUGAAGGAAAUAAACUACUAUUUUUUUCUGCAACGAAGCUGUCAGCAAACAACAACAGACAUGACAGACGAGUUCAAGUUCUAAGCAAGCAUGUGAAUUUCGUUCGCGAGCUGUAACUGUUCAGCGAGUGUCCAAAAAAUCAAUGGCAGACUGGGAAGUUUUUCCAAUCUUCUUCAGAUUCCUGUGGUUUCUUUCUGUAACGUUUAUAAUACUGCAGUUUGUGGGAAGCUCGGCGUCGUCCGAUGACAGACCGCUACUUCUGCUGGUCUCCUUUGACGGGUUCCGGUACGACUAUGUGGACAGGAGUCAGGAGAGGGUUCAACUGCCCAACCUGAAGUACCUUAUCCGUAAUGGCAUUCGAGCCAAGUGGAUCCACAACAGUUUCAUCACAGUCACCUUCCCUAACCACUUCACCAUAGCCACGGGGAUGUAUGAGGAAAGUCAUGGCAUUGUGGCUAACAACAUGUACGACCCAGUUUUACAGGAAGGCUUCCACAACCACAACACCACCAAUCCAAAAUGGUGGGACGUCGGCGGACAGCCAAUUUGGAUAACCAAUCAAAGGCACCCGGGGGGCAGGAGUGGUGUCCUGAACUGGCCUGGUAUGACGGUCAAGUUCAACAACACUCAACCAUUCCGACAUCUUCAACAAUACAAUGGCAGCAUGCCCUAUGAUGAAAGAGUAGACACUAUGAUAAAAUGGUUUACAGAUGAUAAAUAUGCCAUCAAUCUGGGAGUUUUGUAUUUUGAAGAACCGGAUGAAACCGGUCACAAGUAUGGACCGGAUUCCCCAGAGAUGGACCGGACGUUAAACAAGGUGGACAGAACAGUUGGCUACCUUAUCGGUCAGUUAAAACAAGCAGGACUGUUUGAGAGAAUGAACUUGAUCAUCACGAGUGACCAUGGCAUGAUGGAGGUAUCUAAGGAUGAAGUGAUUGAGCUGGAUCGUUACCUGGACCCCAGUAUAUAUUUGCUGGUGGAUACAACUCCUGUUGCAGCUACAUGUGUAUAUGGCCACAUGAUGGCACAUCCCCACCUUAAGGUGUACUACAAGGAGGACAUCCCUGCCCAGUACCACUACAGACACAACAGGAGGAUCAUGCCUGUCAUCGCAGUGGCAGAUCCUGGCUGGACCAUCGUGCAGAACAUCAGCACUGGCUGGGUACCGAAAGGUAACCAUGGUUACAACAACAGCUACCUUCCCAUGAACCCCCUCUUCGUCGCCCACGGACCAGCCUUCCGCACCAACCUCCUGUCUGAACCCUUCAAUAACGUGGACAUCUACCCGCUCAUGUGCCACAUCCUGGGCCUGCACCCGCACCCAAACAACGGGUCCCUUCAGAACGUGCAGCAUAUUCUUAAGUAGCCAAUAAAGGAGUAGUAUAAAUCUUAAGUAGCUAAACCAGACUUGUCAAUACUGUAGUUCAAGAAAUUUCUCCUACACCACCAAAUAAGAACCAGACACUGCAUACGUUAUUUUAGACCAUGCUAGUUUUUAUGUACUUUAAUAGAAUAUUGUUGUUGAUGUUUGUCAGCAGAGCUAGCCCUUUGUAGCUACAGGCUAUUUGGGCAGCCCUUACUGUGUGUGCUGAACAGUGAAACCAAGAAAUAAAUACUAUAAAUAAGAUAUAAAUUAAAACAACCUGUGUUUUUGUGACAAUUUGUGACAUUAUUGCUAUCGUGAACUCAAACCACUUUGAACAAUACAUUUUUCCUUUUCGCAAAAUAAAAUCACAUCAAAGA